CUUUAUUCUGCCAGCUGCUGUCCUUCGUCACUGUCUCUUUUCUACAUGUUUACUGGCGUGUGGCUCUCUGGAUGGCAAAGCCGGUCUUCUGGUAGGCCGGUGCUCCUCUGAUGUAAUGUCGAUGUCCCAAAACAUUGUCAGAAAAAGGAUUGAUGCAUCAGAACCAAAGAUUUGUUCUUUCAUAUUCCACGCAUUUGUGAUUCGGGUACAUCUUGCUAGUGCUGGAUAAUGUAGUUGAGUUGCUAGCCUCACACAGGGAUGACGAGCAGUCUACAGGUGUCAGACAUGUAAUCUUCAGCCCUAACCUCCCACUUUGUCAGUGGAUACUCGCAGCAGAGUCACAUUUCCCCACAGUCUUUAUGGCUGAAUGUGCUGCGAUACGGUUUUGUCUUUGCCCUCCAUCACUGAGCAGCUGACAGUCGAAGCAGCUGGUAGAAGGAGACGGAGUGUAAACUCCUGGAGGAGGGGAUUUGUUCCAUAACAGUCCAGAUCUAGGCCACCGAGUGAAUUCAGAAAUCAAAAGAUCUCACCAGCUGUCCAGGACAUUGCUGCAUGAUUGGUGUUUAACGUCUUCUGCAGAGCUCGCUCUUGAGUGAACCCUUCCUCCCCCUUUGACUCCACCUCUUCAGCGAUGUCAUCACAGGCUACGCCCAUCCAGGGGUCACGACCAGUGACCCCUCCGCUGACCUCAGCAGGAUCCCCACGUUCUCCAGUGUCACCAGAGUCCCUGCAUCCUCCAGCCUGCAGACACAGAGACCGCUCACCUUCUCCCAUGAGAGGCUACCUCAUCCCCAGCCCUCUGCCCACACGCAGAAACAGGACCUGCUCAGCGACGGCUCGUGCUUUAGAGGGUCCGUCAUUCGCUGGCGUGUGUAAAUGUUUUUCCCGCUCCAAAGGCCAUGGCUUCAUCUCACCGUCCGACGGGGGCAGCGACAUCUUUGUCCACAUCUCAGACAUUGAGGGAGAAUACGUGCCGGUGGAGGGUGACGAGGUGAGCUACAAAAUCUGCUCCAUCCCUCCCAAACACGAGAAGGUCCAGGCGGUGGAGGUGGCCAUCACCCACCUCAACCCGGGAACCAAACACGAGACCUGGGCGGGACGCGUCGUCAGCAGCUGAGCACUGACACUCGCAGGGGGCGGGUGGGGUCAAAGAGGCCAAGGCGGGCGGGGAGCGAGACAUCGAAGAAAUUAGGAGGGAUGGAAAGGAUUGUCGUAUUGCAUUAUGGGAUGUGGAGAAUUUAAAAUGAAGGUAGUUAGAGGGCACAGAGGGCAGAGGGAAACCCAGGUAAUGUAGUUUAACACUCAAACACAGCUGGGCUACAAAGGAGACUUUAAAUCAGAGGGAAACAUUAAUGAUCUCAUACUUUACUUGUGUUGAAUAAUUAACUAUACUUUGGAAAAACAUAAAGUCUGUUUGAUUGGUGAAUGAAUAAAUAAUAACGGUGGAAGAGAUGUUUAUCUUAGAAAGACUUUCACAUUGGUUUAUUGCUUAGAAUAUUCAGUGUAGACUUUGCUUGAACUUGUUCUUCAUUUGAUGGGGAAAUUCAUUCCAGCUGCAAUUAUUAAUUUCCUGGAAAACUUGUUUAUGAUGCAUUUGGAAGAGUUUGUACAUUACAAUAGACAUGUUCAGUUCAACUUCACAGUAUUUUGAGAAUAAACAUGGCGUGGUCACAGGACAGCUGAUCUGCAGAGUUAAAGAUCGGUGGCUGUAUGAGCGCUCCAUGUUGCACAGUCCACCACCACAGGUGUAUUUUGCAGGUAUACUGCGUGUGUCUACUUCUACCAACCUAUCAUCUGUAUUGGAUCAUGUGUGGCGGCCUACAUGAGUGAAUUAAAGCCUUUUCAACCGGUACAGCUUA